GCUCCAGGAGGCAUCAGGCAGCCCAUUGUCGUCAUUCCUCAGCCCGUCCUUCCUAUCCAAGAAGAAAGCAGUCCUUAUCCAAGACAGUCUAUCUUAUCCGUAGUACGUACUGUAAUAUCUGUCUGGAUCACGAUGUGGUGUUUUGUGUCACGUUGCCCAAGACGCCCCUUUUCCGUCGACCCAAUCACCGCCACGGAUCCUCAGGGACACUGCCGUCCCGUCUGCCAUCUAGGCGGCCUACCCCGCUGUUACCAGUACCUGAGCCGCACUCGCAGCCCCUGAAAAGUGACAUAUGCCAGUGGUGCUGAACAGACUAACAGUGGACAGCUGGCUGCUGCCAGAAGAAAGUGGCCCUGAACCCCUGACCUGCCCGCGGAUCAUCUCUGCGCGUGGAGUCCAGUCCCGUCAAUUGGGCGACAAGGACUGGAGUCCAGUCCCAGGACUCGGAAGAUUAGAUUUGGCUGUGCUUCUUUUUUUCCUUCCAUCUGCUGCCGUGCCGCUGUCUCUGUCUGUCUUGACUCACUGCCGUGAUCCAGACUCGACCCCUUCGUUGCUGUAUUCCCGUCUCGCCUCCGAAACGCAGAGCGAGCGAGCAGAAACCAACCUCGCCUUGCUUCUGGCCCCGUUCAGCUUCCAUGCACUAACUAGUUCCGACUCCUGCAGCCGAUCAGGCACAAUCUGCAGCCAGUCCACCCACCGACCGACGCAAGGGACCUCCUGCAUUGGGGGACUGGACGUGGCCAAGCGACCGGACGGGCCACUCGCUCGCCUGACGUCCGUUUCACUACGACAGUAGUCUUCAAGAGUCAUGGCGUCUCCGCCACUGCCUACCGAUGCGCCAUCGAUACCGACGCGCACACGCUUCAAUUCGACGACGACGCACGGCGCCAGCAGUAGCUCGCGACGACGAUCGGUGCAAGGCGGCGCGGUCGGUUC